ACCACAAAGAAGAAGAAGCAUCACUGCACAUGCGCACUUUGGGCGCACUGUUGACAACUGACCGAGUCACGAAGGUGAGAAACGUCAGUGGGAAAGUUCACUUUAAGUUUAAUACCACAUUUCAGAACAGGUGUUCUCCUGCCACAGCCUCAGAUGCUGCCUGCUGUCCUCCGCUGUGCUCGGCCUAUCUCUACCAUCCCUGCUUUAAGCCGGCCUCUGGCCCACUUCAGACCACACAUGGACCCAGACCCAAGCCGGCCCGUUGAGAGGGCUAUCAGAACCAAACUGACCGACAUGCUCCAGCCGGACCACUUAGAGGUACACAAUGAAAGCCACAUGCACGCUGUGCCCCCCGGCUCUGAAUCCCAUUUCCGUGUCUUGGUCGUCAGCCCCCUGUUUGAGGGUCUGACGUUAAUAAAGCGUCACCGUCUGGUAAAUGAAGCUCUGAAGGAGGAGUUAAGUAGCUGUGUUCAUGCACUCGCCAUCCAGGCAAAGACACCUGAGCAGUGGGGGAGUAACCCCAACCUGGCAAAGAGCCCACCCUGCUUGGGAGGCUCACGGGGGGAUCACACAGUGGAGGAGAAGCUGAAAGGCGGGAGGGAGUAGGUUGGCCUGUGGAGUACUGUUGCUGUUAAACUGAACUGUAAAGACUGCCGGUGAACACUGUUCAAGGAAACAAAACAACAAAAGAACAGACCGGAUCAUUUCAGAUUCAACAGGAAACAUCUGUUUUCUGUUGAAUUUAAGAAAUCUGCAAUACCCCUAUUUUGAUUCUUUUUAAUUUAUGCUUCCUUGGCUCAAUAGUAGGGAGAAUUCUGUUGCAGAUUGCAAUGCAGAAAUGAGGAUUUGUCAUCAUUCUAUCAUAAUAAAACAUGAAAACAAACAUUGAA